AUUAUAGAAUUCGAUCUCAGGGUAACGGGUGGAAAUUAAAUAUUUCAGCAAGUCGAGUGUUAUAUUUCGACAAAAACACGGGGCUUUCCUAAAUCUAUCGCAAAACAUGGUGGAUAAAGAAAAUUAUUUAGUUUCGCUUUUUUCUUCCGUAUGUCGGCGUAUGGCAUAAUCCGGUUGCUACUUUUUUUAAUUCUUCUUAUUUGACUUUUGAAUAAAACAAUUACCACGAGUUAAAACUUCCAAGAAGAAUGUUGCUAAUCAGUGGUGAUACUAGUGUGAAUUUCCCGUGCAGUUCGCAUGUUCCCUGCUCAACAACCAAUGAAAUACUGCAGAUUUCGAUCCGUUUGUAAAUUAAGCAUCACAAAUUUUUCUAUAAAAGCGAAACCAACAGCAUUUUUGCCCUCAUUAAAUCAAUAUUACUACUGUACUACAGAGAGUAGCAUUGAAGAUGCCACCAAAAACCGCAGGGAAGAAGGAAGAGAAAAAGAUGGCUGGAAAAGUCAAGAGUGGAGCGGACAGCAAAGGAAAGAGAAGCAAAAGAAGAAAGGAAAGUUACGCUAUCUACAUCUACAAAGUUCUGAAACAAGUUCAUCCUGACACCGGAAUCUCCAGCAAAGCCAUGAGUAUUUUAAACUCGUUCGUCAAUGACAUCUUCGAGCGAAUUGCAACCGAGGCUUCUCGACUCGCCAACUACAACAAGAAGUCGACAAUCAGCUCGCGCGAAAUUCAGACCGCCAUCCGACUGCUACUGCCCGGUGAACUGGCGAAACACGCAGUGAGUGAAGGAACCAAGGCCGUUACAAAGUACACGAGCACAAAGUAAAGUUAUUUAAAGCUGCUGGAUUUUGUAGUGACACAAACACGUGGAUUAUACUUUAGGACAAAACGCAUGAAACGGACGCGAAAAUUUAACUUUGUGACUUGAACAAUCCUGGGCAAUUAACUUGACCUCAACACAAACACGAGCGACUUCUACAACAUCGGACGGGGCGAAAGAAAUUCAAAGACCUUGGACCACAAAAGCUCGACGAAAUAUUCAAGACGUGAACAGAACGGACGCUGCUGGAAGAACUAGUAACUGGAGACAUCGCGACAAAGACUACGAAUACAAAAACUGUGCCAAAGGUGUUCAAGAACUUGUAAAACUGACAUGACAAACUUAUACAAUGAUUAUACCCAAACAAUAGGUUUCUCCUGUAGCAGCAAAAUAUUAAUUUUCUCGCUGAAUUCACAUGUCAUUGUACACUUAUCAAAUCUCUUACCUCGUAAAAUAAUUUCUCGCUUAAUUCACAGGUAAUUGUACACU